AUGGAACAAAAUCGUACUAUUUAUCUUGGAAAUAUCAACAAAGAUAUCACACCAAAUGAAUUAUUGAAUAAAGUCAAGACAGGCGCUGUUGAAUCAUUACGAAUGUUACCCAAUAAAAAUUGUGCAUUUUUAUGUUUUGUGGAUCCUGUCAGUGCUCAGAUGUUCUUUCAAGAUUUCAAUUCAAGACCAUUGAAAAUACAAGAACAAGAAAUCAAAGUUGGAUGGGGAAAACCAACUGCAACUAAUCAAGUAAUCCAACAAGCUAUUUUCAGUGGUGCAACACGAAAUGUUUAUAUUGGUCAAAUCGACGACGACACGACAGAAGAAUCUUUGAAAAACGAUUUGGAACGAUUUGGUGAAAUUGAACAAGUCAAGAUCGUUAGGGACAAGAGAAUCGCAUUUAUUCACUUCCUUUCCGUUGCCUCUGCUUUGAGUUGUGUUACUUCUUUACCAAAAGAACUUUUUUGGACUACUCACCGUGUUUAUUUUGGCAAGGAUCGGUGUGCCUCUUCACGACAAAUCAUGAUGCCUCAUAUUCAACAACAACAAUUACAACAACAACAGCAACAACAACAACAAUUACAAAAUGUGCUAGCUCCUACCAUGCAAGCGAACAAUGCGGUAGAUUACGCCCAAAGAACGAUCUAUUUAGGAAAUCUACCAGUGGAUACGACCUGUGAAGAUAUUUGCAAUGGGAUGCGGGGUGGCAAGUUAUACAAUGUGCGUUAUCUCAAAGAAAAAAACAUGGCCUUUGUGACUUUUGUGGAUCCAAAUGCAGCUUUCCUUGCAUUUGAACGUGGUCAGAGUGUGGGGAUUGCAAUCAAGCAUCGGCGUGUCAAGGUGGGAUGGGGAAAAUCAUCAGGAAUACCAUUUCAUACUUUGAUGGCAAUUCAACAACAAGGUGUCACUCGCAACUUGUAUUUAGGUGGAACAGAUCAGGUGACAAUAGAACAAAUACGCAAGGACUUCUCGCAAUAUGGUGAUAUUGAAAUGAUCAAUCAUGUGAAGGACAAGAAUUGUACUUUUGUGAAUUAUACAAGCAUCAACAGUGCCAUGCAAGCUCGUCAAGGAAUCAAGACCAAUCCUAUGUACAAUUCAAUCAGAAUCAACUACGGAAAGGAUCGAUGCGACAAUCCAUUCAAAUCGCCACCACUACCCAACAUUCAACAAACCUCUCAUAAACCCGACAUUCAAGAAACCUCUUAUACACCCGACAUUCAACAAACCUCUUAUAAACGACAAGGUGAUGAUUCUUCAGAUGAAUGGUCUAAUGUACGUGAAUAUCCAGAAAGCCAGGUGAACGAUUAG